GGUGUUUUCAGCACAGCAAAGCAGUCAGACCGCAGCAUGAACGAUAAAACUGGGCCGCUUUCCUUUGCAAGAAUUUCCUGCUAAACGUCUGUUAGUUUUACCGUGACGUCACUAACCGUCGGCCGUUAGCAAUUACAUUCUUAGCUUGAACCUGCUAGCAUCACUGAAGGAAAUAACUUGAAUUUGUCGAUGCUUAAUGAGCGUGUUUCUCUAAGGAUUUAUCUCAUUUGGAAAAACUUGAAGAUCUGGAGUUUGCUUACAUCAUGUCACAAUCCACCCAGAACCAGAAUGGACCAUCCGCGAAAAAACUUCCCAAGGGAUUUUCUAAUCCUGGACCUGCAUCCAGGUUGACUUGUUCUGGUUCUGGUUCUUCAUCUCUUGCCAACUACCUGGCAGCUCAAACCACAUCUGUAUCGGAUAAUGAUAAGUUGGUAGACCGUGUCAAACAUGCAGAACAUCAUGGUAUGAACCGGAAGACUUGCUUUAGUGAACGAAAUGAUUUUACUUCCACCUCUGCAAGGCCAUCAACAUCCCAUGUAGGUGCUGAUUUAGGUGAUUUCUCCUUGGACUGGCUCCCCAUUUUCAAAUCAAAUACUAACAACAAUCCACCAGCGUUUUCGUCUGGUUCUGAUGGCAGAAUGGAGGUUGUGUCUGGUGAGCAGAAAGACGACAGGCCGUCCAUUCCAGGGUCAGGAGAAAACCCAGUUCCAGGCAGAUUUAUUUUGUCGUCUGAGUUCAGUCAGCUAAAACAUACCGGAGAACCAGUCGCUGCGAUUCUUCAGAGCUUCGGCCUCGAAGACGGAUUGAAAAAAAUCGACCCCCACAUUUUGAAGCAGGUCAAUCCUGCAAAACUGUCCUGCGUCUUGCAUCAGAUUUUUAGCAAGAUGGAAACAAACGGAAAGUCUUCUGAACACCAACCUAAACUAAAAAGUAUCCUGAAGCCAAGCAAAGUGAGGGACUCUAGUUAUGCGGAUGUAGAAAAGAACAACAAUAGUCGGAUUGUAGAUGAGCUACCACCAGAUAAAAGAAGUACAACUGCAUUAGGCUCAGAGAAGACUUCUGUGGCUCCAACAGAUAGUGAUCCACCUGAGCGAGUAAAGGAAAAGGACGCAAUAUCUGCCACACAUAAUGUCAUUUCUAACAGUAAUGCUGAAAACAAACAGAAAACAACAGAAAAGCAGAAACCAGAGCAGCAGAAAAAUGUAAAACAUAAAUCAGAACUGAAGCUGGACGAGCAUCUACAGAACAAGCCAGCGAAAAAGUCUGAGAAAGGUUCUGUCAAAACGCCACUCGGCAAAAACCGUAAAGACCAGAUGUCAAAUUUAAGCAAACUUCCUUCAAUAGUCCGGGAGUGGGUGUUGGAGCAAAUGAAACUGUUGGAGGACAAGCAGCCAACGCUUGCCAUGAUUGAAGACUAUAAUGGCGUCACGCCGAGGUUUUUCCCCCAUCAGUGUUCGCUCUGCGACGUAAUAUGUCAAAAAUUGGGGCGUUGGUUCCUCCACCUGAAUGAAACGAACCACAUUGGGAACCGGAUUCUCCUGCAGCUGAAAUAUCCUGAGUGGGUCGCUAAGAUCCAACCACUUCCCAGAAAAAAAGAAAAGAAGUCGCUCGUAGAUUCUAAGAGUUUGAAACAGCAAAAAGUAAAAGCUGAUGGUCACAAGGAGUCCAACAACCUGCGGCAUCACCAGAGUCAGAGAUCACGAUCUCGCUCCCGCAGUCCGCGGGGGAAAUGCCGCAGGUCCAGCACGGUCAGCUCCUCAGGGGAUAAAGGAGAACAGCAAUCCAGAACCGACCCGUUUGUAGGGGGAAAGGCUGAUCCAGAACCAGAAACUCCUGCCAGGUAUACUCCAGAAUCAGGUGCCGAAGUCCUAAACAUGUUUGGACUGGACAAAGAGGACCUAAAAGAACUAGAGUCCUACCCUGAGGAUCAGCUGACUUGUGAAAAUCUACAUCUGGUUUUACGUGAGAUUUUCCUGCGGAAGAAGAGACGAGCUCUCGAACCUAAAAACGACGAACCUGGAGGCCGAGAUCAAACGCUUCCUGGUCCUCUGAAGCCAGUUAAAGUGAUUGACUACGGACAUUGUGCUAAUUAUAGCACCCUUAGAGACACAAUGGAAACAACCACUGAGGACGAUCCAAAUCCCACUGGAAGGAAAGAGUCACCACUGGAAACAUGUGACAAACCAACAGAGAAAGACACCCAGUCUAUAACAGCUACUCAAUCUACUCUGAAGGUGAUGUCCAAAUCCAAAAAGCCCAGCAGUUCAAAGGUUAAAGGUCAAGAAAAAAGAGUGAAAAUUUCAAAGAAAGCUAAACUGAAGCAUAGCAUUAAAGCAACAUGUGAAACUAGGAAAGCUUUACCCUGUGCCGUUUCAUAUACAAAAGUGUCUCCGAUCAAAUUACCGCCUGUUAAGAGCUUUAUUUCCAACCAUCUGCCAACACUCGCCAUGAUUAAAGACUAUAUAUCAGCCAUGCAGACAAGGUUCCCACACACCUGCUCCAUCUGUAACAAGAGGUGCUUCCACAUGGAGGACUGGCUGUCACACCAGAACUCCAGCUUUCACCUGGAGAGCUGCUCAAUCCUCCGGACACAAUACCCACAUUGGGACGGGGAUGUUCUACCAAUCCUCAGUGCUGAAGCUGAAGGUCCAUUGACAUUACCGUUCCGUUGGCAUGAUGACAGUAACCUCCAUCAGUAUCACAGUUCAGAGGGUCAAAAGAGCAGCUCCCGGUCCUGGUCCCGGUCUCGCUCCCGGUCCUGGUCUCGCUCCCGGUCCCGGUCUCGCUCUCGGACCAGAUCGCCUUAUGACCGCAGAUACAGCCGCAGGUCUCCGUCUCAUUCUUGGUCUCCACGUCUCAAAAAGCCGUCCUCCCUUCCCUGUCGCUCACAUUCAGGGAGUCAUGAGAGACGGUCGUCCUCCGGGAGGAAAGAUGGGAAACGGUCUUCAUCACCCAGACGGAGCAACGAGAAACAGAAUCCGGAUCACAAGAGCUGAUGGUCCACAGAGUCCCUGUGAGAAAUCACAGGGCAGGAAUCUACAACAACAAUCAGCUUUUUUAAAAGCGGCGCUUGACAGGAUUUGUUCGACAUGCUCGUCUUCACCAGUGACGCCAAGCUGGAGCAUCCAAACACGAAGCUCCAUAUUAAAGGGAAGAAGAAGAGUGCUGGCAAAUCUGUGGUCAGUGUUGAGGGGAAGGAUUGAUGCAGUUAUUUUUGUGUUUUAUAACAGUUUAAUAAAAUAUAUCUGUGAAAGGACUCUGGUGUCACGUUGAUCCUCACUAGAGAUUAUUCACGACUGGAGCAACAAUAAACUGCAAUGAACAAAUAAAAAACAUCAUAAAUUAUAUUAUUAAAGGCUGAUAUCCAUCAUCCAUCCA